CCACUUCUUUGCUCAAUCGUCCUGAUGGCAGACGUCCCUGUUCUUCCCAACGGUUGUUGAUUUAGCGAGGAUAGCGAUAUUGACGUUCGUCACGCGACACUCGUUGAUGAGUUGGCUUGAACCGAACCAGGUGCGUCCAAUGUUAUGUAAGGGUUUGGUAACAGGCCGCGUCGUUAAAGCGAGCUGGGUUCCACCACACCAUCCCGGCCCUGACAGAGCGGACGCCCCCCGCACCCAAUGGACCGGCACCUGCAUAGCGGGAGGCGAUCGAUACUGUGGCCACAGUGUGCGAUCCUUGCCGGACUGUGACGGUAACCUGGCGCCCGCUCUUGACCCCCAAGUCUGCUCAAAGCCUUCGGCUUCUGCCCAACUGUUUUGGGUCGAAGGGUUCUUCCUCGACUUGAGCAAGCGAUUGCGCUGUUGUUUCUCGAGGUACCUAUGAAGGCGGAACUUCCAUUCUCAGCGUCGAGCCCGAUCAAAAGUGAAACCGAAUAUGCAGCUGCGAAGCAGGCUGCGAGCACGCUGUCACGAGCCCUUCAAUGGUGAACCUAGAUUGGCAGGGAAGUUCCACCCUCGGGCAGAACACCA